ACGGGCGACUGCAAAAAUGUUUGGUUAUGUCAGAACAGCGAGUAAUAUCACUUCGAAGACUAACAAUGUUGUUAUAAACGUAUUAUUUAUUGUUUGUUGAAUUUAUGAUGAAUAACUUGAGACCCUUGUAGCAAUUAACUGAACAAAAUAACUCGACAAUCUAUCGAUUUGUAUUUCUACCGUCACCUCACCCCUGUUGUUCCAAUAAUCACCACCAGAAUAGUCAAGCGCUACAGUGCACCUUAUUAGAGAGGAAAAAAAAGGGAAAAAAUGGCUCUACUCCAUCUAUAAAUAUACGAAUUGAAACGUCAGCUGAUUAUAUUUGACAGUGGAGUAAAGGAAGACGUGAGAAUUUGUAGGGGUCGUUUAUUGUUCCUGUGACAGGUACACUGGGGAUUUUUUACGGGGGUUGGGAGAUUCGGAGGGAUGGUGCACAGGGUGAAUUGAGCGAAUAAUGAGGAUAUAUUAGAAAGGAUGAGUCGCUCCGAUUUGAAGAACUGGCCCAUUUUGAGUCUACUGAGAAAGGAUUUUGCAAAAGAACUCAGUACUAUUUUAAUAUUUGGAUUAGGAAAUGAAGCACUCAUGGUGACCAAAGACGAUGCAGUAUACGGUCUUGGUAGUAAUGCAUCAGGUUGCCUGGGGACAGGGGAUGGGCACAGCACUCUGUACCCAGUGAAAGUCGAGGCAUUGUUUCAAAAGGGAAUCAAGUCAUUUGCCUUCGGAAUUGGACCCCAUGUACUUGCCCUCACUGUCAAGGGGGAGGUCUAUUCUUGGGGACACAAUGGUUACUGCGAACUUGGUAAUGGAUCAUCAAACCAGGGCUCAACUCCCACCAAAGUUGCCUGCAACUUUGACGACAAGCCGAUUAUAUCGGUAGCAUGUGGAAGUCAUCACUCUCUUGCACUCACAGAGGAUGGAGAAGUAUAUGGGUGGGGUCAAAAUACAUGCGGUCAAGUAGGUAGUGGUAUAAGCACGAAUCAAAACACUCCCAGAAAGAUAAACUCGAGUUUAACAGGCAAGAAAAUAGUGCAGAUUGCCUGUGGUCAGACUUCGAGUAUGGCAUUGACAAGUAACGGUGAAGUUUACGCCUGGGGGAAUAACAGUGUAGGACAACUCGGUAUUGGCACAUACGUCAACCAGCUGAGUCCACAUAAAGUUGGUGGGCUCACCGGUGUAGUUAUAGAUAAAGUUGUUUGUUCAUAUGGCCACACAAUGGCGUUAAGUGAUGAGGGGGAUCUCUACGUAUGGGGAGGCAAUGGUUAUGGACAGUUGGGUCUGGGGACCAAGUCCAAUGUCUGCCAGCCAGUGAAAUUAUCAGUGGCAGCGAUGGGAAGAGUCUCUGACAUAGCAGCAGUACACUCGAAUCACAUAAGUGCUGCACUCGCUGAAGGUGGUAAAGUCUUUAUGUGGGGACAAUGUCGGGGUCAGAGUGUGACGACACCCACUGCAACUCCACUCCUCUAUUUGCACGAUGUACUGGCGUGCUACUCAACUCCUCCUGUAAUGCACGAGCCCCUUGUUCUCUAUGCUCAAGACGAGAUGAGUAUUUUAGACUGCUUGAGACAAGCAUUUGACGAUCCAGCAACUAGCGAUCUCACGAUACAAGUACAAGGAAAACCUAUUCACGUACAUAAAUCUGUGCUGAAAAUACGGUGUCAGUAUUUUAGGUCCAUGUUUCAGGAGCAUUGGACUGAGAAUAAUCAAUCGGUAAUUGAGCACGAUGAAUUUUCCCAUGAUGUCUACAAAUCGUUCCUACGUUAUCUCUACACCGACGAAGUGGAUUUACCACCAGAGAACGCACUCGAAUUACUCUACCUGGCAAACGCCUAUUUUGAGACUCAACUGAAACGUAAAUGCGUCCAAAUGAUCAAAAGAGGCAUCACCGUGAACAAUGUGGCAUUUCUUUACAAGACGGCUAUUGAAUACAAUGCUCAAGAACUGGAAGACUUUUGCUUUAAAUUCGCAUUGAAUCACAUGACUGCAGUUACCCAAACAGCCCACUUUGGUAAAUUGGAUGAGGCAACUCUGAAGACAUUCAUCGCCAAAGCUGCGCAUGCUGGAGCCUUCAAAACAUGAAAUUAAGCAAAUUAUAAGUUUCAUUCCAAUGAUUUCUGCAUUUUUCAUUAUAAAAUUCGUACUUUUAGUGCCAAAUUACUCACUAAUUAGGAAUUUUUUGAAUAAAGAGUCGUUUUAAGACUUCAAUUCAUUGGUA